UCUGAGAUACACAAAACGACGUGUAGUUUUUAUAAAAAGGAUAUGGUUAUUUUUUACUCGACUAUGAUUUUCCACAUAAGUUGUACACAAUAUUCAAAGCAAAAUCAUUGCUUGUGUUAAAAAAAAUAUGCAUUUUAAUCAUUACUUGUUUGAUUUUUAACUCUUGAAUUUUGUAUUAUAAAGUCAAACAUUUUAAAUGCACAAUCUAAGUUUUGAUUUCACUUCACUUUUGCAUAAUAUUCCACCCUACUUUUUAGUGAUUGGAUGGAAUUUAAUUGCUUGUUGAGUCCAACUAAUAACCCAUUUAGAGCAUGGGAUGACCAAAAGGGGCAAAUAAAUAGAGACAAAUCUAAAUGUUGAGUUGGCAAGAUAACACAUUUUAAGGGUCUAAGGUUCUAAUGAAUGAGUUAUAAAAAGCUUCAUGAGUUUGAUUUGGAGUAAUGAAAGUACUUUUAUGUUGUGUGAAUAGAUGAGCAUGUUUAUUAUUCUACCAAAGAACAUGUCUUUUACUGUUUUGUAGUCAUUGAUUGUUGUAGUAUUAUCGUUAUGGUUUUCUGUUGCUGAUAAUGCAAACUCAACUAGGUGCAUUUCAGGUAUCAAGAAGAAGGGAUUCCUUGAGAUUGUUACAAUUUUAUUUACUCAUUAGCCUUAGGGAUUCACAUUAUUUUACUUUCUCCUUGGAACAUUGUAAAAACACCAAAUCAAUCAAAAUAAUGCAUGCCCACAUAAUUGUUUGUGGUCAUAACCAAAACCCAUUUACUGCUUCUAAGCUGGCUGGCAAGUACAUUGAGCACUCCAGUAAUGACUCAAUUAUGGAUGAUGCACGGAAGGUGUUUGAUAGUUUGCUUAAGAGAGAUGUUUUCUUGUGGAAUGUUGUAAUUCAAGGUUAUGCCAAAAAGGGUCCUUUUGUAGAAGCCAUUGAUAUGUAUUGUAGAAUGCGGCGAAGUGGUAUAUUACCGAAUAAUUACACGUACCCUUAUGUGUUGAAGGCCUGUGGUGCCAUGAAAGAUUGGAAGAACGGUCAAGUUGUGCAUGGACAUGCUGUUUUAUCUGGUCUUCACUCAGAUUUGUUUGUUGGGAAUGCUCUUGUUGCUUUUUAUUCCAAGUGUCAGGAAGUUGAAGUGUCCAGAAAAGUGUUUGAUGGUAUUGCUCAGAAAGACAUUAUAAGUUGGAAUUCCCUGAUUUCAGGGUACGCUGCAAAUGGGUACGUGGAUGAAGCCCUCAUGGCUUUCUGCACCCUGCUGCGAGAUCGAACAACAUGCUCUCUGAACCACUCCACUCUCGUUAGCACUCUUCCUGCUUGUGUCCAAGCAUCGGCAAUUCAAGUUGGCUUGUGGAUUCAUUCUUACAUUAUAAAGACAGGCAUGGAGGUAGAUGUGACUUUAAGCAGUGGCCUUAUCUCAAUGUAUGCAAACUGCGGCCAAGUAAGCAUUGCCAGAGAAGUGUUUGUUCAAACCAGAGAUAAGAGCUUAGAAGUGUGGAGUGCAAUGAUAAGGUGUUAUGGAAUGCAUGGACAUGCAGAUGAGGCAGUCCAGAUGUUUUCGCAGUUUUUAGAUUUCGGAUUAUACCCGGAUGGUGUUAUGUUUUUGUGUUUGUUGUGCGCAUGUAGUCAUGCAGGUAUGGUGGAAAAAGGCUGCCAAAUUUUUGAAAAAAUGGAGGAAUAUGGAGUGGUGAAAAGCCAAAAGCAUUAUGCUUGUAUGGUAGAUCUCUUCGGUCGAGCAGGGUUUAUAGACCAGGCUAUUGAGUUUAUCAGGAACAUGCCAUUGCAGCCAGGGAAAGAUGUUUAUGGUGCUCUGCUUGGUGCUUGUAGAAUGCAAAACGAUACAAAACUUGCCGAAGAACUUGCGAAAAGAUUGCUGGUGGUAGACCCUGACAAUGCUCAGCAGUACAUAACUAUGGCGAGUUUGUAUGAAGAGAAAGGGCGAUGGGAGGAGGCGGCUAGAUUAAGAGAGGAGCUGAGAGAGAAGAAUAUAAGGAAGUUGACUGGCACUAGCUUAAUUCACCGGAUUUGAAAUUCAUUGGAGAGGUUAGAGGUCUAAUCUCUAAGAUUCUUUUCUUCUUUCUAAUGCAAAUGAUGAAUUUAGUACAUAAAUGGAUAUUUUCCUCUUAACCCCACAGCUGUAAAAGAUUGCAAUGUGACUAGAGCCUUACAAGUUCCUGGCAAGUUUGCAU